AUGUUAAUGGUUAAAGGUGGAAAAAAGGAAAAGUAUGAAUUGGAUAUAGAUACGGACGAAGCUGCUCUCGUCCUGAAAUACCAGCUGUUUAGUAUGACUGGUGUUGAACCAGCACGACAGACACUAAUGAUCAAAGGAGUAACUCUCAAAGAUGAUACGAUCCUUAACACGUUGAAAAUUAAAGAUGGCGCAGUGUUUAUGAUGACGGGAAGUGUUGGAGAAUUACCUCAGCCACCCGCGGAAGAAACACGAUUUGUUGAGACAAUGACUGAUCAGGAGCUUGCCGAAACUCUAAAAUUGCCGACAGGAUUGAGGAAUCUGGGAAACACUUGUUAUUUGAAUGCUACUCUGCAGUGUCUUCGGAUUAUGCCAGAGCUUCAGGAAUCUCUCAACAAUUACAAUGAGCCGCAAAUCAACUUGACUUCGUCCUUACGCAAUCUAUAUCGCCAAUUGAAUCAAACGACAGAUGAAUAUGCACCAGAAGAAUUUGUGCGGACCCUUAGAGUCGCGUAUCCCCAAUUUGCUGAACAACGUAACCAUAACUACAUACAGCAAGACGCUGAUGAGUGCUGGACUAUUAUUGUAUCCAACUUGCAAAACCCCAGUCUUGCUCGACCCAAUGACCAGCAGGAUACGGGUACCGACAAUGCAAAUGCUUCAGCAUCAUCGGGCUCGUCUUCAACGCCGGUAAAUAAGCGAUAUGUCGAGCAAUACAUGAUGGGACGAUACACUGUUACUCCAAAGAAGGAUGGAUCAUCAGAGACGGCGCCAGCAGUUACUAGCGAGUCUUUUAGCAGGUUGAGCUGUCAUAUAUCGAAUACAACAAAUUACAUGCACUCCGGCAUAUUACAGGAUCUGGACGAAAGCGGGAGACGUAUUAGUCGCUUGCCAUACUAUCUUACAAUUCACUUUGUAAGAAACCGUUGGAAAGAAACGACGAAAGUGAAUGCUAAGAUUCUGCGUAAAGUUAGAUUUACGCUCGAUUUAGAUGUGACUGAUUUUUGUACUGAUGAACUGAAAGCAAAGCUUACACCAGUUAAGGAUCAACUAAUUGAAUACGAGAAACAUAAAGCAGAAGUCAAGAAACAACUUGAAGUUGGGAAAAAUAUAGGUGAUAAAGAAAAGACCGAACUACAGGAAAAACUUGCUGCUGAAGCUGAAGAAGUGAGAAAGUUGAUCGAUCCAGAAUUAGCUAAAGAUGCUGGGGCAAACGUCACUGGGUUGUACGAGCUAGGUGCUGUUCUGACACAUAGGGGCAGGCUGGCGGAUUCAGGACAUUACUUAGCUUGGGUGCGUCAGGAAGAUUCGGACAAUUGGAUAAAAUAUGAUGAUGAUAAAGUACAGGCUGUAACUGAAGAAGACAUUCUCAAACUUGAUGGUGGGGGGGAUUGGCACAUUGCAUAUAUUCUCUUGUAUCGGUCUAAGAAGAUUGCAUAA